AUGAUGAUCUCGCGCGCCAUCACCAACCCCAUUCGGCUCGACUUUACGAGCACCAGUGACAUUACGAUCAACUACACGGCGCCAAAAGAUGCACCUGCUAAAGGGGUCUGGUCAUAUGGGCCUCUCGUGGUGCUCGGACAGACGUACCACCCACAGACGAACACAUUUUCUUUGACCCAGAGUAUUCUGCCGACUGCCGAUGAGCUCGUUCAGUUCGCCAAGCUGUUGCAACUUGAAGCUCCCGCCAAGAGUGGUGGUCUGCUUGCGAUCACGGCUGAUGGUGACGCUCAGGACAAAGCAGGUUCCCAGUAA